AUGGUUCGCUGUUUUCUGAUCCACACCGUCUGCCCGGUCAGUGCUCUCUCUGCCGGGGACAGCAGGGUGCUUUACUCCCGUGUCUUCGGCCCGGAUGAAGGCGCUGUGUCCGGCCAGCAGCAGCAGCAGCUCAGCCCGGAGGAGAGGCGACUCCUGCAGGAGGAGAAGCUCUCUGUGGUGGCGAGGCAGGUCCGCAGCGCCGUGUCUCUCUCCCGGGAGGCGUCGGGUCACCUGCUGGUGGAGGCGGUGCCGGGCGAGGAGGCUCUGGCCCUGCAGGAGGCUGACAGUGGAGUGGUGAGGCUGAGGGCUGGAGACCCCUUCUCCGAGGAGAUGAGCGCACUGUGGCUGGGCAUCCAGAGUUUGGGCUUCGUUCUGGUUUGCGAGCCUCACGAGAACCUUCUGCUGGCUGAAGGGACGCUGCGUAACCUGACGCGACACUGCCUGGAGCACCUGCACUUGUUGGGGCAGGGGAGCGAGGUUCUACUGAAGAGUAACCGUAUCGACGUACUGCUCAGCCGCCUGCUUCCUCACGGCCAGCUCCUCUUCCUCAACCAUCGCUUCGCCCAGAGCUUGGAGAAAGAGGUGACAGCCUACAUGGCCAAGUGAGCUUUCACCAUAUUGGGAGAGAGAGGGGUGGGGUGGGGUGGGGGGUCACUGCUACAGUAUAGCACCGCACUCCGGCCCCGACUCCUGAUCCCAACGAGAACCGCGCUAGCCGUCGCAUUAGACAAACAAGCUGUUGUUUACCAUUGGGUGACAUUUGAGCGGCGGUGGAAGGAGAAGGGACUACUGGCAGCUGCUGUUUCAGAUUGCAUGAGGAGUAAACACAUACAGUGGUAAAUAUCUACCGCAGCCACUUGCAGCUCACUCACUGGUGGCUGUUUACUGUGUGUGGGAGGCUUCAGUUCAAAUCCUGUUUGUUAAAUUGAAGAGUGGAAAGGAAAAUGUGGCAGAUUAAAGAAGCUGUCGACGGGGCCAGUUACAACCUACUUAUCAACAUCAAAGUGGCAUUUAUCUGAUGCACGAUACUUAAAAUGUCACCAUGCAACCUUGAGGAACUAUAGGCAUGACCUGGUUUUUUCUUUUGUGUGUAUGUGUGUGUGUGUGCAGUCGAUUAUGUCCUCAUUAGCUGCUGCGAAGAGAGGGGAAUUCUGGGAGGAUAAAUUAAUCUCAGUGGUGCAUUGUAACCUUUUUCGACUUGUAAUGGACCUUUUGUUCCUGAAGAGAAGGAGGACACCAGUGCAGUUUAUAUUAUAGGUUGUUUAUGCAGUGUACUAUAUUAUUUAUCAUCUUGUAGUAACAUAUAGCUGGAAUGGAGCAAAGAAAGAUUAAAGUUAGGCCUGUUCAGUAUCAGUGUCAUUUUCGAAGCAGGAAAUGUAAUGACUUGUGAGACUUUGAGGACAACGAAAAGGUCGAGAAAGAAACAUGAAACCACAACGGAGACCCACGUGGACAUAUUUCAUGCAGACUAUAAGGACAAAAAAAGGAACCAAUGACGGUACCAUCAUUAACAGAAACACUCAGGCACACAACAAGUGACAAAUGCACUCCCGUAUCUUCUGAACAUCUGUUGUACCGCCGACCACAGCUCCAUGUGAACCCAGACUCUCCCGCUCCUC